AUGCGUUCUGACAACCUGCUCCUGCUCGCGAGCUUGGCGAGCCAUGCUCUCGCUCUUCCGCGGUCCCAGCUCGAGAACCGUGGCCUCGUCAGCGAGGUUGGCGGUCUCGUCACCGACGUUGUCGAGGAUCUGACUGGCCUGAUCGCGGCGCUCUUCGGUCAGGACGGCCAGAGCCCGGCCUUCAUCCUCACCGGAAUCAGUGGCCCUGCCGCCGCGGCUCUGGAGAGUGCUGCGCUGGGAAGCAAGGCUAGCGUCGUCUCGUCCCACGCCCGUGAGGAGCUGGUCGAGUGGGUGAAGAGCCACAACGGUGCUCACCUCGAGAAGUCCAUCAAGACUGCUCUGCUCAAGUGGGCCGACGGUGAGGCCGAUGCCACCCUCCCCGUCGAGACCACCUCCGCCCUCUCCUUCUUCAUCCCUACCGCCGCCAACAUCGCCUCCAAGGACAACCUCUUCGUUACCCUGGACGGCGUGUUCUCCUCCGUCGAUGACGUCGUCGGCAUGGUCCUCAGCGGUUCCGCCCAGGACUCCCUGACUGCCUUCCUCAAGGACGCUGGGUCGUCUCUCGAGCCUAAGGUCAAGUCCGCCCUGGCCCUCAGCUCCUCCGGUGGCAUGGCCUCCGAUCUGGAGGACAAGGUUCAAUCCACCCUGAAGGAGUGGCUGAACAGCUCCGACUGCAAGCUUACCCAGGAGCUGAAGAAGACCGUCACGGCCUGGUUGAACAACGAGACCGGCAAGGAUGUGCUCUCGUUGGGUUCGCUGCCCCACGGCGGCCUGUCCACCAUCUCUUCCGGUUCCGCCAUCGGCAGCCUUGUCGGUGAAGCCGGCUCCCUGGUUGACGGCGCCAAGGCCACCCUGACUGCGAUCCUCAAGAGCGAUGUCGUUGGCGAGCUCGAUUCCACGGUCAAGACCGCCUUGGAAGCCUGUGCCAAGGGCCAGGCUGCCACCACCCUGUCCAAGGAGACCCGCACCUCUGUCGUCCAGUGGCUCGCCGACUCCAGCAACAAGCUCGGGGAUGAGCAAAAGUCUCUCCUGAUCUACUGGCUCUCGUUUGCCAACGGCGGCGAGGUCGCCCUUAACCUGGCUAACGACCUCGUCUCCGAUCUCACCUCGUUCCUCACCGACACCAUCGAUAACCUCCUGGGCACCAACCUCCACGGUGUGCUCUCGCUCCUCACCGAGGGUGAGGCCAUCGAGACCAUCUCCAUGGGUACCCGCGCCCAGUUGGCUGCCCUCGGUGGUGGUGCUGCUGGCAUUGAGCUCACCGACAAGAUCCAGCUUAUCAUCAUCCAGUUGAUCACUGGCUGCGAUGCCGACCCGGCCUCGAAGCCCAGCGGUACUAGCCUGCCCGCCAUUUCGACCCCGGCCUCUUCUGGCGCUGCCGCUGCCGCUGCUUCCAGCACUCCCUGUGACACCCUGACCUCGGAGACCGUCGUCCCUGUUGCCACCAACAGCGAGGCUCCCGACGUCCAGCCCACUGGUGCCUCGUCUGCUGCUGCUUCCAGCACCCCCUGUGAUACUCUGACCUCGGAGACCGUCGUCCCUGUUGCCACCAACAGCGAGGCCCCCUCUUCUCCCGACGUCCAGCCCACCGGUGCCUCGUCCGCUCCCGCUUCCAGCAGCACCCCCUGUGACACCCUGACUUCGGAGACCGUCGUCCCCGUGGCUACCGAGACUGACACUCCCUCGGCUCCUGCUGUUCAGCCCACUGGUACCUCUUCCGCGGCCGCCUCCAGCAGCACUCCCUGUGACACCCUGACCUCGGAGACCGUCGUCCCC